UGCCUGCUUCUUGGUGUGUCUGUCGAUUUGGGGUUGACCCUGUGCAUUGUGAAAAUGCUAAGAGCCCGAGAAGGUUGUGAAGGGUGUGUGUGUGUUUGUGUGUGUGUGUGUGUUUGUGUGUUUGUGUGUCUGUGUGUUUGUGUGUGUGUGUGUUUGUGUGUGUGUGUGUGCUGUGUGCCUGUGUGUGUGUCUGUUUGUGUGUGUCUGUGUUUGUGUGUGUCUGUGUGUGUUUGUGUUUGUGUCAGUGUGUGUCUCUGUGUGUGUGUGUGUGUGUGUAUGUGUAUUGGGAGGGCAGUGGUCCCAGCUCCUCAGGGGCAUCAGGCUCUGUAG